AUGAAUUCCCGAUCUACCUCCUACUCUGCCAGCCGCCCACACCUCACCCAACGAUCCUCUGUUAGCUCGAGAUUAUCCUUCGCCGUAUCGACCGCCGAACAGGGCGAGGGCGGCCAUGCGCCUGCGGAACAGCAGAUUGAGGAGGAGAUAGCCGAGAUCAAGAGAUACGAGGUAGGCUCCAGAUCCCAGACACAGUUAUCAUCUCGAGCCCAAGCUAAUGUGAUGUGUCUGCUGCUAGGACUUCACAACGAUAGGUAUGCGCGUCGAUGUCCCGGCCGAUCUACAGACGAAACAACUAAGACGUACCGAAUAGACUGGGUUCAGGAUGCAGAGCAGGAAUGGUUGCGCCGAAGAGCGAGACGGAGGAAGACCGCCGGUCGCUUCGACAAUGGCAAAGUCUCGUGGAGGUACAAGCUAUGGGAGUCCUACGACGCAGCGCAAGGAUGGAUUGUCGUGACCCUGAUAGGCGCCGCCAUCGGUCUGAACGCGGCCUUCCUCAAUAUCAUAACCGAAUGGCUUUCCGAUAUCAAGAUGGGCUACUGCACGACAGCGUUCUAUCUGAACGAGAACUUCUGCUGCUGGGGCGAAGAUAAUGGCUGCCCACACUGGCAUCGAUGGACGGGAUUCGAACCGGCCAACUAUGCGCUGUAUAUCAUGUUUGCAACCAUGUUUGCGCUCACAGCUGCCAUCCUGGUCAAGUCUUUUGCCCCGUAUGCUGCCGGCUCUGGCAUCUCCGAGAUCAAAGUCAUUAUCGCUGGCUUCGUCAUGAAGGGGUUUCUGGGUCUCCGAACCCUCGUCAUCAAGUCAGUCGCACUUCCACUCGCCAUCGCCUCUGGUCUCUCCGUCGGGAAGGAAGGCCCCAGCGUACACUAUGCUGUCUGCACGGGCAAUGUGAUAUCGAGGCAGUUUGCCAAAUAUAGGCAGAAUGCUUCGAAAACCCGCGAGAUUCUCAGUGCUUGCGCUGCGGCUGGUGUGGGCGUUGCUUUCGGCAGCCCCAUCGGCGGUGUUUUGUUCUCGUUGGAGGAGAUGUCGAGUUACUUUCCCCUGAAGACCAUGUGGCGAAGCUAUUUCUGUGCUCUCGUUGCUACCGCAGUCCUUGCGGCCAUGAACCCUUUCCGGACUGGGCAACUUGUCAUGUUCCAGGUCAAAUACGAUCGGUCGUGGCACUUUUUCGAAACUGUGCCAUACAUCAUCAUCGGCAUCUUUGGUGGCUUGUACGGCGCAUUCGUUAUCAAGUGGAACCUUCGAGCGCAAGCAUUUCGGAAGAAAUAUCUAACGAACUGGGCUGUUCUAGAGGCAACACUGCUGGCAGCUGGAACAGCUAUCAUCUGCUACCCCAAUGUGUUCUUGCGCAUCGACAUGACCGAGAGCAUGGAGAUUCUGUUCUUGGAAUGCGAAGGAACGGAGGACUACCACGGCCUGUGCGACGACGACAAGCGUUGGGGAAACAUCAUAUCCCUGGCCCUGGCAACCGUGAUUAGGGUCUUCCUGGUCAUUAUCUCAUAUGGCUGCAAGGUGCCAGCCGGAAUAUUUGUGCCGUCCAUGGCCAUUGGAGCAUCCUUCGGUCGAGCGGUCGGAAUCAUCAUGCAGGCCAUUCACCACGCUCAUCCGAACAGCGUAUUUUUCUCACAAUGUCUCCCAGAUGAACCGUGUAUUACCCCUGGAACCUACGCUUUCCUCGGAGCAGCAGCCGCGCUCAGUGGCAUCAUGCACAUUACAGUUUCAGUCGUUGUUAUCAUGUUCGAGCUCACCGGAGCUCUCACGUACAUCUUGCCGACUAUGAUCGUGGUCGGCGUCACCAAGGCUGUUUCAGAGCUAUUUGGUAAAGGCGGCAUCGCCGACCGCAUGAUCUGGUUCAGCGGCUUCCCCUUCCUCGACAACAAAGAAGAGCACAACUUUGGCGUACCCGUGUCUGCCGUGAUGACCAACGAUGUGGUUGCCAUACCCGUGAGCGGGAUGACGCUCGAAUCAAUAGAGGAUCUGCUGAGGCAGCCCAAGUAUCAGGGCUUCCCGAUCGUCGAGGAUAUCACGACGAGAAUCCUCGUCGGCUAUGUGGGAUGCACAGAACUGCGAUACGCGAUCGACCGCAUGCGGCGUGAUCAAAACAUCACAAUAAGUCCGCAAGCCAAAUGCACCUUCUCGCCCCCUGAACUCAGCGCUAUCACACCCAUCACGCCCAGGGUCACAAUCAGCAACAUGGACUACGGCACGUCAUCAGCCUCAAUCGAUUUCAGCCGGUACGUCGACGCGACGCCAGUUACCGUCCACCCUCGUCUGCCACUCGAGACAGUGAUGGACAUGUUCCGCAAGAUUGGCCCUCGCGUUAUCCUCAUCGAGCACCACGGCCGCCUCAGAGGCCUGGUGACGGUCAAGGACUGCCUCAAGUACCAGUUCAAGGUCGAGGCGGCCGAGAACCCUCGCGAGGACCACGACAUAGUCAAGGGCCACGAGAGGCUCUGGGGUGCCAUGAAGAUCGUGGCCGGCUGGGUCUCGGAGAAAGUAUCAAGCGCUAGUGGCGGUCGCAUUAGGCUUGCGAGUGCAAGCGAGGAAAGGGCUUCUCUUAUCAGGGGCGGGCAUGGCCAGAUUCUAGACGGUGAUGAGGAGAUUGGUGAUGAUGGUGUUGAACUAGAGAAUAGAUAG